AUGAUCAUGGAAAGCGACGAGUUGAUCGAAACGAACAAGCCGUCAAAAUCAAUCAAAUCAAUCAAUGAAAAUGGAGCCUCUGGUUUUCAACGAUUUUGGGCUCAAGAAGCUAAUCGGCUGAUUGUUUUCACUCUUGCCGGUGUGAUUUUUGGAGUGAGUCUUGGAAUACUGCUGAUUAGUGUUGCUGAUUUGUCGGAAGAUGUCAUCGGAUACAUUGAAUAUCCGGGGGAGAUAAUGAUGAGAGCGCUGAAAUGCGUAGUCAUGCCGUUGAUAAUAACCUCCUUGAUUUCGGGCUUGGCGAGCAUGGACCCAAAAACGUCGGGAAAGCUCGGAAUUAGGGCGAUGACGUAUUAUUUGUCGACGACGAUGUGUGCGACUAUUUUGGGUAUGAUCCUCGUCAGCAUCAGUAAACCUGGAUCAUACGCGGAAAAACAACUUUGCUCGGAAAACAUCACGGCCAAUUGUGUCGUUUACGAGCCCAGUCACGUGUCAACCGUCGAUACUUUCCUGGACAUCGGCCGAAAUCUCUGCCCCGACAACGUCUUCGCCGCUACUUUUCAACUCGACAAGACGGUAAUUGAAGAAACUAAAGAAGGAGCAGUUCAGAAGAAACGGAUCAAGACGGCUUCUCCCAACGUUCUUGGCUUAAUUUCCUGCGCGCUGCUGAUCGGGAUUUGUAUGCAGUUGCAACAAACGGACGAAAACGUUGUUUUGGUCAUCAAACUUGUGGACGUUUCAACCUUUUUAAAGACCACUCCAAUCGGAAUCGGCUCGUUGAUUUGCGGCUCUAUCGUCAAAUACGCUGGUGCUUCGACGAUUUCCACGAUGAUCGGAAUCUACACUGUGACAAUUCUCGGCGGCCUCGCUUUCCAUGCUCUGGUCAUCUUGCCUUUGGCUUAUUUUUUCUUUACACGGAACAAUCCUUUCAGAAUCUACAGUGGCCUCGCUUCAGCUGUUGUUACUGCUUUUGGCACGUCAAGUUCGGCGGCUACUUUGCCUCAGACUAUGUCUUGUCUUGAAGAAAACCUGAAAAUGGACAUCCGAGUGACCCGAUUUAUGCUCCCUCUUGGCGCAACAAUGAACAUGGACGGAACUGCUCUUCUAGAAGGCGUCGCGGCCAUCACAAUCUCUCAAAUUUACUCCUCAAAUUUGCAGUUUUCCGAUUACUUUACAAUUUCGCUGACUGCAACACUGGCCUCGGUCGGAGCGGCUUCGAUUCCGUCCGCGGGCUUGGUGACGCUCGUUCUCGUCGUUUCCGCGCUUGGCUUGCCCACAACAGACAUUGGAAUCCUGUUCAGCGUAGAAUGGGUGCUCGACCGAUGCCGUACCGUUGUGAACGUUUUAGGCGACUCCAUCGGCGUUGGAAUAAUAAACCAUUUGUCACGUGACGACUUACUUCAAUGA